GUGUGCCAAAGGAAACUUGGCCCGGUGAACUGCGCGUUGCGCUGGUGCCGCUGAACGCAAAGAAACUCAUUGGCCUGGGUUUCACAAUCACGCUCGAAAGUGGCGCAGGAGCUGCUGCGGGUUUUCUCGAUUCCGCCUACGAGGAAGUGGGUGUUCAGAUUUCCGCCGACCACAAUCAGGUCCUGUCUGGUGCCGACCUUAUUUUUCGGGUGCGCAAACCGUCCCUGGCCGAAGUGGAACAUCAUAAGACGGGUGCCAUCAGCAUCAGCUUCUUAGACCCCUUCAAUGAAAAAGAACUGGUGGAAUCCCUGGCCAGCCACGGUGUGGUGAGCAUCUCCAUGGAGAUGAUUCCCCGCAGCACCCGCGCGCAGAAGAUGGAUGCGCUGUCUUCUCAGGCUAACCUUGCGGGUUAUGUCACCGUGAUUCUGGCCGCGAUGCAUUGUCCUAAAAUUAUGCCGAUGAUGAUGACACCUGCGGGCACAAUUGCGCCGGCGCGCGUAUUUGUCAUUGGUGCCGGGGUGGCGGGUUUGCAGGCCAUCGCCACAGCAAAACGUCUGGGCGCUCGUGUGGAAGCCUUUGACACACGUCCGGUUGUUGCUGAACAGGUGCAGUCGCUGGGUGCAAAGUUUGUUGAAAUUGAUCUGGGUGAGGUAGGGCAGACCGAUCAGGGCUACGCUAAAGAACUGACCCCGGAGCAAAUUGAGCUGCAACGCGAAGGUCAGAAAAAGGUGAUUGCGCAAAGCGAUGUGGUGAUCACCACAGCUCAGCUGUUCGGACGCCCAGCACCGGUUAUUGUCAGCCGGGAUAUGGUUGAAGCCAUGAAACCUGGCAGCGUAGUCGUAGAUAUGGCGGUUGAAACCGGCGGUAAUGUCGAAGGCUCGGUGUUAAACGAAGUGGUCGACAUUAAUGGCGUCAAAGUCAUUGGCAUGGGCAACCUGCCCAGCGAAGUGGCGCGUAACGCCAGCGAAAUGUACUCGAACAACCUGUUCAAUCUGAUUGGUGAUUUCUGGGACGAAGAGGCGAAAAGCCUGAAUCUCAAUCCCGAAGACGACAUUGUGCAGGCUUGUGUCAUCACCCGCGAUGGUGCCCGCAACUUUGCAUACACCUUUGAUGUCCGGAGCGAACGCCAUAUCGGGCAUUACUAUCGUUGGCGCAUUGAUUUCAGCGUGAGCAUUGAACUCAUCAACGUCGUUUACAUUGUAGCCGCAGCGCUUUUUGUAUUCGGACUGAAACAGCUCGGUUCUCCUGCUACCGCUGUACGCGGUAACUUACUGUCCAGCGUGGGCAUGCUGAUCGCGGUAGUGGCGACGCUGUUUAACGCGGAAAUUCUGUCCUUCAGCUGGAUAAUUGGUGCGAUUGUUGUUGGCUCUAUCGUGGGCUAUGUGGCCGCUGUGAAAAUCGAAAUGACCAGCAUGCCGGAAAUGGUUGCUCUGUUUAACGGUUCUGGUGGUAUUGCCAGUCUGCUGGUGGGUUGGGCUGCAUUGUAUAAUCUGGACAACACAACGUUCACCUAUGUGACCAUCGUUGUGUCUGUGGUUAUUGGCGGGCUGACGUUCACCGGCAGUAUUCUGGCCUGGGGUAAGCUGUCGGAAGUAAUGCCGUCGCGAGCCAUCGUAUUUGGCGCGCAGCGGAUCUUCAACGGUGUGUUGUUACUGGCGUUGAUCACCUGCUCAGUACUGUUCUGCCUGGAUCCAUCAGCCAGUUCUCCUUACCUGUUUGCGAUCAUCAUCUUAGCCUGUCUUUUUGGUGUGAUGGCGGUGUUACCCAUCGGUGGUGCAGACAUGCCGGUUGUCAUUUCGCUGCUCAACAGCUACUCAGGUCUUGCUGCCUGUGCGGCGGGUUUUGCGAUACACAACAAUAUUCUGAUUGUUGCAGGUUCGAUGGUUGGCGCCGCUGGUAUCAUCCUGACUAAUAUCAUGUGUAAAGCGAUGAACCGUUCACUCGCCAAUGUGCUGUUCUCAGGAUUUGGUGCAGUUAAGCAGGCGACGAAGGUUGAAGGCGAAGUUAAACCCAUCAAUGCAGAAGAUGCUGCGCUGAUUCUGGAAGCGGCUCAAUCAGUUACUUUUGUACCCGGUUACGGCAUGGCUGUUGCUCAGGCACAGCACGUGGUUCGCGAGUUGGGUGAAAUGCUUGAAGCUAACGGUGCAGAAGUGACCUACGCUAUUCACCCUGUGGCAGGACGUAUGCCUGGUCAUAUGAACGUGCUGCUUGCAGAGGCCAGUGUGCCUUACGAUCAGCUGGUCGAAAUGGAUGAUAUCAACCCUCGUAUCGACAAAAUCGAUGUGGCGGUUGUGAUUGGCGCUAACGACGUGGUUAACCCGGCAGCAAAUGAUGAUGAAAACAGCCCGAUUUACGGGAUGCCGAUUAUCAACGUGAACCAGGCUCGCACGGUAUUUGUGCUCAAGCGUUCAAUGGCUUCAGGUUUCUCAGGCGUGGAUAACCCGCUGUUCUUCGGUGAAAACACACGUAUGUUGUUUGGUGAUGCAAAAGAAUCGCUGGCCGCGGUGCUUAACGAGCUCAAGUAA